UGUAGGUAACGAAGAAUGAGAACCAGAAUUAGUAAAACAAAACUUUUGGACAGACUUAAUUCAAAAAUAUAUAAUCACACUGACUGUAAAUGACAUAGCUAAGUAAGGCAGGCUACAGAAAUUAUCAAGAAGUAAAAACACUUAUAUACACUUUCAGAUGAACUGAAAAUAAAUAGACUCAAAUAAACCGAUGGAAUUUCGGCCAUUUCAAAAGUUAUUCUGUUCUUAAUUUUCUUAGUCAUCAGAACUCCAUUCUGAUAAUCUCAACGACCUCCCCUAUUUUCUACUUGAUUUGUGACUUUCUGUUGCCUCCUUCUUUAACCGAUCGAAAUAAAUGGUAAUAGGUUUUUCCAAAAGCAUACACGGCUUUUCCUUUUUCACGAUUUUCCGCUCGUGAACGGAUAGCCUCAUCACAGCAAGAUGCGUCAUUUCAAAUUACGCGCCCUCAAAAAAAGGAGGAGACUGACGUCAUUGUUUCCAGUUCCGCCAACAUGGAAACUGGAGAAAAUAACUGUAAAAUUAAAUUUGACCUUCAUUUUUGAAACACGUCAAAACAUCAAUAGACUCAAAUCAGCGCCGUAAAGUAAUGGCGAUUUUCUGCUCGCGUGAAGGUUUCACUUUAAAAGUUCUGUGAAUUACAAGAUGUAUCUACUGUGAUUACUAGCGAAAUUGCAAUCGCACAAUAAAACAAGUUAAAUAUCCUCCCCCGUGUUGUGUUAGUUCCCUUUGCAUCAGCUCUUAGACGGAAGCCCCUAUCUUCCUGGUUUUAAUUACAUGUCUGCCUCGAGCCUACUCGUUUAUUUCUCCGAAAAUGAGCCACAAUUCUUUUCAAAACGAAAGAACGCCUUUUCGAACCCUUUUUAUCCAACGGGAAGUGUCCAUUUAAGCUGGCGUGUAAAGUAGUGCUUCCUCCAGAAAAUAUAGGUUACAUCGAAAGUAGCCCCUCCAGGGCUUGUUAUUAUCUUGUUAUUCGUUCAGCCUCUAUCGCUCCUCAUAAGUCUCAUGUUAAUUAAACACAAGCAUCUAGAGAAGUCAGUCAAAAUGAAGAAAUUAUUCUCCAAAAUAGAUUCGAGGAUAGACAGCACCCCGAAGGAGCCGAAUAACUAUGUCGGGAAAUCGUUCACCGUUGGGAGAACCAAUGUUGUUGUGGAAGAUGUCAUCGCGGAAGGUGGUUUUGCUGUGGUUUUUCUCGUUAAGGGCAGCAAAGGAAAGCGCUUUGCCCUUAAGAGAUUAUUUGUCAAUAAUGAAUAUGAUUUAAACAUCGCAAAGCGAGAAAUACAGAUAGCAAGUAAUUUGAACGGCCACAAAAAUCUUAUCGGAUUCGUAGAUUCUAGCAUUACGCAACAAGGCAAUGGUGUGCACGAGGUCCUAAUGCUGAUGCCGUACUGCAAAACCAAUCUCCUGAGCAUGAUGAACGCCAAACUCCAGUCAGGUUUCACCGAAGCAGAAGUCCUCAAAAUCUUCUGCGAUGUCUGUGAAGCUGUUUCUAGGCUACACCACUGUCAAACACCCAUCAUCCAUCGGGAUUUAAAGGUCGAGAAUAUUCUUCUAAACGAAUCAGGGAAUUAUGUAUUAUGUGAUUUCGGUUCCGCCACUGGCAAAGUGCUCAACCCGCAAGUUCAAAACGUUGCCUCAAUACAAGAAGAAAUCAACAAGUACACGACCUUAUCCUACCGAGCUCCGGAAAUGGUAGACCUUUACUCAGGAAAGCCAAUCACGACCAAAGCAGAUGUUUGGGCAUUGGGAUGUCUACUGUACAAACUGUGCUUCUUUACUCUUCCAUUUGGUGAGAGCACAUUAGCGAUACAAAGCGGACAGUUCACCAUCCCUGAUAAUUCUCCUUUCUCAGCAAAAAUGCAUUCUCUAAUUAGAUACUUAUUGGAACCUGACCCAGAUAAAAGGCCUGACAUAUUUCAAGCUUCCUAUGUUGCUUUCACAAUAGCUGAUAAGGAAUGUCCCGUUCAAAAUUUACAUAAAUCUCCUGUGCCGGAUGUCUCAAAACUCUCUCGCCCACUGAUGGAAUCAGAACUGAAGAGGCAGCAACCUGCAGUCACAAAACCUGUCGCUCCAAAACCGAACGUUGCUCUUCCUGUUGAGGGCACAUCCGUGGCGCCGCGACAGCGUCCCAAACCUCUUUCCAACGUCGGCCUCCUGGGCACAUCGCCAACACCGAUCCUCUCCAAACGCAAUACGAACCCUUUCCCAGCUCCUGUUGCAGCCUCAGUCGCAGCCCCAAUAGCCUCUGCACCCCCAUCUCAAUCCCCCGAAACCAUCCCUCCUCCGCUCACAACCGCUAACCCCCCUCCAGCCGUAGCCUUCCAUACAACGUCUUUUCCGGCUACCACAUCCACGACACUCUCUUCCAGCGCUCAAACCCUCCCUACAACCACUCAAGAUGUUAAUCAAUUCUUCUCGUCAGGCUACCCGGAUCCCUUCAGAGAAGAGCCCUCUGCUGCAGAAACAGCAGACUCGAUCAGCAAGCUGACCCCACCCAGUUCCCCGUCAGUAGCGCAGAUAAAAUCAUCCUCGCAUCGGCGAAACGUUAGCGAUACCUCUGCAUUCAACAAAGUAUUUGCAAAUGAAACUAGUCAAUUUUUGGCUCCGUACGAAGCGUCGGUCAAAUCGAAUUCGCCUCCUUCGGAACCAGGAACGGUCAAUUCAAACGAAUUGAAACCAGCAACCACCAUGGGCACAUCCGUAUCUCAUAGUGAAUUACCAAAGACAAACCGACAAGUUGGUGAAAGUGGCCGCUCUGUUUCAACGGAAAUGACCCACUGGAAUCCGUUUGAAGAUUCGUCCGAUUUCACGCAAUUAUCGGAGGAUCAUCUUUUUGGUGCUGAAUUCGAUAGGAUCCAAAGAGGGUCUCAAUCUAGUGUUACGAAUGUAAAGAGUCAUGAAAGUCUAGUCGCAAACUAUGAUCCCGGGAGUGCAAAUAAUAGUACAGAAGACCCUUUUAGUAGUGCUCCUUUCAAUGUCCCAGGGUCCAAAAAUAACACCAAAGACAGGCAACAGCAACUGUCCAGCAAGAAACCUCCGCCAGAUGAUCGAUGCCCAACGAAAGAUAAAUGGCGGGAACACACAAAGCUCUACAAGUCUGUCAUCUUGGAGCAAGCCGAGGAUUCCGCUCAGGAGAUGUCGCACGAUGUCUACCAGUCAGAGAGUGGUUCUGCGGAUAAGCUCAUUUCAGCGAGUAACUCACCGCCUUUUGUAAGAGCGCCUCUGGAAGACCGAUCGAAAUACGAGAAAUUGACUUUCAACAAGUACGACUUCUCGGACUCGGAGGAUAGUGAUAACUUAGAAGAAAAUGAAAAAGGCUCCAGAGUCCGCAAGAAAAAACCAUCAGAUAUCCUGAACGAAGGGCGCAAGAAGCUUUCGGAACUCUCAAAAUCAGCUAGCCGCAGGUCCGGGAAAAAGACUGGCUCGAAAAAACCAAAAGCAUCCCAUCGCAAUCAGGUGAACGUCUCCGAAAAACAUGAAGAGUCUGACGAUUCCAUUGGUUCGGCAAGUGACCUCCGCGCUCGAGAGGAGGAGGAAGACGGAGAAGAGGAUCGCCAUUCAGAAACCGUGACCAUAAAUGACUCGGUCAUGACCUGCGGAUCGUCAGCAUAUCAUGCCGAGUGUGAGUCCAUGGCACGAGAAGAAACCAUCUCCAACAUUAAACCGAUGGCCAGGCUGGAAGAGGUUGCUGAACCUGAAAAUGUUGACUUGCUCUUGGGUCACUCCUACGGCUCGAAACCACUUCUUCUUGACGAUGAAUUGGACGAUGAAGGUGAUGGAGACGAAAAUGGUGACACCGAUGGAAACCAGUCAUCACCACCUUUAUUAAUAGAUAUAAAUGAUGAUGUGGACGUCUUUGCCUUAGCACCCUUUCCGUAUAAGUCACCCAGAAGGCAGGAGAAACCAAAGGUGGAGACAUCACCGCCUCUUUUAAUUAAUAUCUCGCCAAAAACAUCUCCCUCUUUCCCGCAGCUAGAUUCUAGUUACGUGACCCAAAUUCCUCUCAUUUUCAAUUACCAAAAUGUUAACUCCUUGAGUCAAUCAGACACCCAGUCGCUACCUGUGAAUAUAAACGAGACUUUGGAGAAUUUUUACUCCCAGGAACGGGGCGAUUUCGUAACGACCAGUUUCACAUCCGCUGCCAACACAACCGCAACUUUUAGUUUUGCAACAAACUCUGUCGCUAGUAGUCAAGCAAAUAACCCAUUUUUAACGCAUGUAGACAAUUUUUCGCUAGGCACGGAACAGAAACCCAACGGUGCAGUAGAAAAUAAUUAUGCAAGGGAAAAUUCUUUUGUAGACAGGGAGAGCUUUAGCAACUGUGAUACUCCGCAUUCGACGUACCAGAACUUGCCUGGUGGCGAUUUUGUAUCCAAGAGCUCUGAUGUAUUCGGUUUUGUUCCUUUUGACAGCAUCGCCUCGUCACAUUCCAAUAUUCCUGUUCAGAGUCUCAUGACCAACACUAUCUCUAGGACUAAGUCGGAUGUGUCUUGCAAUUUUCCUUUCAAAAAUCCAAUCGCUAGUGAAACAGAGCAACAUCGAAAAACCAGCGACCCAAACACAUCCCUCAGUGGAUUGGAGACUAAGUUUUUGACGGUUGCUGAGAAAAAAAAAGCCCUGGUUUCUCCCAUCAAAAUGCGCUCAUCGAAAAAGCUGUCUAAGAAAAUUGCUCAGUCGUCCAAAAAUAUUUGUUUCAGCAAUAUGAGUUUCGAAGAUUUUUCAAAUGAUGAAGCUAACUGUCAGACCACUGAGCCCAUCCCUUUUGAGGUUGUGAGGUUAUCUAACGAAGAUGAAACGUACGCUGAGUCAGUUAACAAAUUUGGGUCCCUGAAAAGGCGAAGUAAUCCAUUUUCAUGAGAAUGAGUAAGCUUAUUGAGUGAGUUUUAACCUGAUAUUUGAGUCCGUGUGAGUAUUAGGCUCAAAUAUUUAAGUUUGUAAGAGUGAGUCGUGUCUUAUUUAAUAAAAUAAGUAAGACUAAUUUUUUUUUUCUUUAUAAAAUUGUAGCAUUUUCUCCAAAGAAAUCAGUAUUUUAAUGUAAUUAGUAAUCACUGAUUGCUGUUAAUGUUUUAUGAAAUUUUAUUCUAGGUUGGUCUGUAUUGUUGAGUGCCGUUGAAAACUAAUGUACCCAAAAUUUUAAAUCUCAAAUUGUGUUUCGAAUGUUUGUCAUGAAUCAGCCCUGUAAAAAAAACUUUCUCUGAAACCUCUCCUUAAUUUAUGAAGUUAUGUUUUUCUGAAGCUCAAAACGAAUGUUGAAUCAUGAAUCUGAAUCUUUCCACAUGUUUUGUUAACCUAUCCAAACCGUUUGGCUUUCAACCAGAUAUUUUCUCUUGAGUGAAAAAUUUGUCCUCAUUCUGGUAAUUGAGACCCUUGUUGUGACUUUCUAAGUAAAAAAAAGGCUGUCGUUCUCAGAGCAAUAUUUAGGAAGGAAUUGAUUUUUUCCUUAGAUCGGCUGUAAAAUUUUGCCCAUGAGUCUCAAGAAUAGCCCCUUAAUUAAAAUGAAAGACGUCUCUGGUGAUUGUUUGUUGUGUCAAAGAAAAGUGUCCUAGUGUAUCUGAACUCGUAAAUAUUGACCUCUGGACAUUAAGAAGCAAAUCUCAACAACGCUUGAAAAGUUUGAUUUUUCAACUCGAAACCUGAAACUUUCAUGCCUUUAUCUUUGAAAUUGAAAUUAUUUUUUGGCAAUAAAAUCUUGACUUUAAUUUUAUGGGCAAAGAGGAGGAUGCUUGUAAUAUCUUUAUGUAACAGGUGGUAUACUUUUCUGUUUUUUAGCCUUCUAUCCUUCUGUAUACGACAUGGGAAACACAAACCUGGACCCUCUUUUAAUUUUCAUCAGUUUUUCAAUGAAAUUUGGCCCAAAAAUAUUGUUCCUCUCAAAUGCGAAAAAAAUUGAAAUCGCAAAAUAUUUUUAACCAAAAUUUUACUUAACUCGGAGCUUCUGAUGCGUCUCCCAAGGUCCUUUUUUUUAGUCUCUCAUUAUCAGUGUAGAAGGUAUGCCGAAAAUUUGAGUGUAGUUACAUAUUUUGUUAACGAUGAUUUUCAAUAAUGAGUAGUAAUUAAUUUCAAUCAUGAUUUUUUUAAUCUGUAAUUUUAAAUCUGCAUUGCAGAAAUGAUCUUCAUGCGUGUUGAUUCACAAUGAAUAAUCCCGAUCCUUACUUUGAUCUUUGUUAUUUAAUUUUAUUUGUCGUUAUGCUCUCCCCUGAUCAAUGUACUUACGUUUUGUCAGAAUGAUUGUUGCUAACUUCGUGGUUGUUUCUAUUCAGAAUGUCAUUUUACCAUAGUAUUAUUUCCCUGCUACGAAUUGUUUUAUUGAGGUGAAUCUUUUGUGGAAGUAAACAGAGACCGAUUUGUAGAGCACAUAUUGACGUAUUUCAUGUUCUGUUUCAAUUCAGCUGUUUAAAACUCUAGUAUUUGUGAUCUUACACACAAAUGCCACUUGUAAGUUUGCGAAAAACUUCCGGUGCUAUUGCUUUCAUCUAAAAUGAACUCCUAAACUGUUAUAAAGAUCUCAGAGUGAAGGCUGUAAUAAUGAUUUCAAACUUAAUUGUAGAAACAUUCGCCUCCCUGUCCGCUGUCAGUCCAUUGUCAUUUCUUCAUCUUCCACUGGAAGGAGCUCAUCCGCGCUGUUUCAAUAUUUCUUCAAACAUUUUAUUUUUUUCAUGGGAGAACUGUCCCUCGUAUUUGUUUGAAAAUUUUUGAGUAUUUUCUCAUAAGUGUAGGAAUAAGUCACUGAAAAUUUCAGGCCAAUUUAUGUGACAGUUCUUCUAUCAAAAAAUCAAAUGUUAUUAAGAAACAAAACAAAUGAGAUACAUUCCUUUCCAAUAUUGUGUUUAGUAUAACCAUGAAAGUUCCAAGUUUGAGGGCUUUCUGAAAGCGUAAGAGUGGAUAUUUGAUGCAUAUCUUGGGACCAUACUGUUUCUUUCAAACUUUUACGUAAAAUUAUGUAAUGAAAUCAUGUAUCCCUUGACCGUCAUUUUCUGGGAGAAAAUCAAUCUUUUUUAUUUAGACUCUUUAGAGGAUUACUUCAGUUGCUUAUUCUGUGUCAGAGAAUUCCUUUGUAAAUUAAACUUUAGAGUUGAAUGGAAGAAAUCUCUGAAGUCUCGCCUUGUGUCGUCAAAUUAAAUGUAAACGUCAAUGUUUUUAUUAAUUUUCUCUUUACAUUUUUGAACAUUUUUCCAAAGAAUAGACAGUUGAAGUGUGUCUUAGAGAAUAUCAGAUCUGCUUUUUGAAAAAGUCAGAAGAUUAAUCAGUAUCGCAAUGAAAUGGGUUUUGUACCUUGGGUUUUUUAUACCCUCUCUUUUUAAUAAUGAAUCCAGAACUUCUUCAGUGCACAGAAGGUGUUUUGCUCUUCGGUGGAUUUAUUCAAAUUCUAAGCUGAAUUUUUGACAACUUCCCCGGUUAUGAUGUAUGUUUUACUGAUUCUAAUCAGUCUUUUGUGAAUUUUUUACAAGUGUAUUGCAAAAUAUUUAAAUUGUGCUCAAAACUGGUCCGGUCAAAAUUAGUCGCUUCAGGGUUAGCAAUCGCUGAACUUGAUCCAAGCAAUGAAAAAGAAAGAUGCUUUAUUUUUUAUAUCAAGCAUUUUUGAAGAGCAAUUAUCUCAUCAAGCAUUUAGUCACAAAACUUGUUUUUCCUUUUUUUUUUAAAAAAAAACUGAAAAAACCAAAUCUCUUUUUGUUUUUAAAUUCUUGUAAUUUUAAACCUUAGUCCAAAUUUUAACUUCACCUUAAUCUCAAUCCAGUGAUAGCUUUUUAGGGAGAGUUGCAAAUCUGUGAUGAAAAUUUUAGUGUUAUUCUCUUAGGCCCAAAUUUUGUUGCUACGGUCGACUGCAAGCUGUGAAACCUAAUCUCUAGUUAGGACUUUAAGUCGGGAAAGUUACAUUACAAACUCAAGCUGUACGAAAAUUAAGCCUCAGUUCCUCAACGGUGUAAACCAUUAAUCAACGAUCGAUUAACGAAGUCGGCAUUCUUGCCUCAACUUGCGACUGACUUCAAAUCUGCCAACAAAAUUUGGGCCUUGCAUGUUAAAUACCUUUUUCCAAAGUAUUUGCCCUCAGUCAAAUUCUCAAAAUUUACAAAAAAUAAUGUAGAUACCCUAACCAACGAAUAUAAAAAAUUUACUUACGUUGUAGACAAUACUGUAUUUUGAUUUUUGUAAAUGGAGGUACGCCGCUCUUGCAUAGUUGUCCUCUCUAUGAUUAAUUAUUAUCUUAUGUGUAACUGCUUCUCAAAAGUGGUUCAAAUCUUCCUUUUAGUUUUAUUUUAUCAUCUUUUUGCUUUUUGAUUUCAUUUUUGAGUGAAUUCCACUCAUUUUCCUGUUCAGGUAGAAGCAAGAUGUCUAUGAACUUUAAAUGCCUACAAAUUUACAAUGUUUAGUGUUAUGAAUGUAGCAAUUAUUUCUCUUUUUUUAACACUCUUCUGUUUUACUUCAUUUCAAAAGAAGUGAAAAUCUUGAAAACGGCUCAGUUUUUUUAGCGUGACGUAAUACAGUUUGAAGACAGCCGAAAAUUUGCUGUUUGUAGCCAUUAAUUGAAAAUUACAGUGGCUUUCCAGCAUGAAAAGAGCAUUCUAUUCUUCUUUCUUUUUUUUUCUUUUUUACAGAUAGUUUUUUCUAACUUUGCUAUUCCUUUACCACUGGCUGAGAAAUUUUGAGGACUGGAAAAAUUCUGUCAGGCAAAUCCUGAUCAAGAAUUAAGGUAUCUUAGAAGUGGAGUGAAAUUUCUCCUCUUCGAAAGAAACCCAACUUUUCCAGUAAGUUUUUGUGUAUCUUGAAUAUUGGCUAAGAAAAGCUUGAAAAAUACGCUCUAGGCGUGAUUCCUUGUGCAUAGUUUGGAACUUUGUUUCAUGUUCAUAGACAACUUACUCCAGUUUUUGUGUUCUUUUGUAGAUAAGUAUACUUUCUAGUUUUGCUUAAUUUUGUUGUUAUCUUUUUCGUUGCGAGAGCUGAAAGCUUACGCUGUUUCGGCAGGGAAAUGAAGUCGCCCAGCUGCAUACCGAAGUUGAGAAAAUUGUACAUGAGUGAUUGUUGAAUGAGUUCUUUAUAGCAUAGCAAUGGCAGCGUAUAUUUUUAUUACUAGUCUUGCUUAUUGUUUUCGUACGCCAAGUCACUGAUUAUUGCUAGAAGUGCAGAUUUCAAAUCUCAUUUUAACAGUAUUGUAGAAAA